AUGACACCAGGCUACUUCACACUAAAAGGCCGUGACGAGACCGCCGAAGGUCUGGACCGCAAAUUUGCCCUCCACUACUACGCGCGUAUGCGAUUCAUCAACCAAUUACUCCCUCUCUUGAGGGCCGCUGCAGAGGACCCCUCGGUCGACGCCAGUGCCAGACUCUCGCGUGUGGUGUCUGUCCUAGAUCCGCACGCGGCUGUCCGUGCCCGCGGGACUGGGACACUGGACUACUCAGACCUCAGUCUGAAGAACACGUUCACGCUUGCCAAAUGCGCGGCGCAUGCGAGUCUAAUGGGAAACUUUUACCUGGAGGAUAUGGCGCGGCAGCAUCCGCAGACCUCCUUUGUUCAUGCGUAUCCGUCCGGUGUGGCUACGGGCAUCAUGCGUGAGAUACCCGGGGGAAACGUUUUGGCUGUCGUUCUGAAGACGCUGCUACGUCCUUUCAUGGUCCCGCUUGAAGAGAGUGGAGAGAGACAUCUGUUCGCGGCGACGAGUGGGAAGUUCCCACCCAAGGUUGACGGGGCGAGGGCGGAAGGCGAUGUGGCUGUUGGUAGCGACGGGGCCAAAGGGAGUGGUUGUUACUGGGUGAAUUGGGAUGGUGAGGCACUCCCAUCGAACAAGAAACUGGACAAGACGAGGGAGACGGGUGCGGUAGAGAAGGUUGUACAGCAUACCAAUGAGGUCUUCGAGGAGAGCUUGCUGCGGAUACCAGCAAUGAGCGUCAGCGAGGCUGCGGAACUCACGAAGUGGCGCAUCUGGGAUGGGGAACUAGUUUAUCUCGAAGUGAGCAACCGGAAAUCUGAGAGCCUUCCCUGGCCCCUCUCUUCCACCCUCUCAAAUACUUCCGGGAUGUCUUCUCCAGACUCUUCGUCUUUUAAAGAGCUUCGCAGUACCAUCCCACUCUCUGUGCAAAAUAUCUACAACGCCAUCGUCCGCGAAAUUCCCACAAUCACAGCUUUCACAGAGAUUGUCUACGAAGACGUCGCCCCUGUGGUCGGGGAUCUUAUUACUCGAUCGCUUGCCGAGUCGGCCGUCAUCGAGCAGCAUAACGUGAGGGUCAAUUUUAACUCUGUAACCCAAACAUUGUGGGUAAGAGUAAUGCCCACUGAACUACACAAUGUGCAUCAGAGAUGGAUGCGCUACGCUUCUUCACAGUGGACCCGCAACGGUCUUCUGAGCUGUCCGGAGGAUAUGCUUCUAGAUAUUGGCGUUGGGACCAGGUUCGAUGGUUUUACCGGCCAAUAUACACUGUCUUCGAAAGAACCAGAUCUGUUUUUACGGCCUGGGCCAAACGAUCUGCCUCUAAUUGUUAUCGAAAGCGGAUGGUCCGAAUCGUGGCCACGUUUACGCGCCGACAAAGACUUAUGGCUAAACGGAUCCGGUCAGGUAAACGCCGUCGUCUUGCUCAAAUGGUCUAAGAUCUCCAACAACAGAGUGAAGGGUACUGCUGAAGUUUGGCGCAGAGGUGCCGGCGCUGAUCUUACCGUGGAUGCAAAGAUUAUCUUCCCUGCACCUAAUCCUGCGACCGCCCCCGGCACUGAUAUUAUCGAGUUCAGCAGACAGGAUCUCUUUGGUCAACACAUGCUUCCUGGAGGAAACCCCACAGAUAUCUUCGCUUUGGACCUGGAGCAUUUGCGUCUUUUUACUCGAGAGCGGCUGACGCGGUUAAUGGGACUUACUCCGGCCUAA